CCCAGCCCAGCCCAACCCACCUGCUGGAUCCGCCCCUGGUUGGCUGUGUUUGGAAACUUGGAAGGGAUAGAGGACAGGGGCUCCUCCCCCUUCCCCUUCCCUCAAAGCGCAUGGUCGGCCAUGGCAAUUGCAACGGCAAGGAAACUCCUCCUAUUACAUUGCCCACUCGCCCUCGCAUGGAGACCUCCACCUAACUUCUCACAUCUCCGCCGUGUUCUCUCCGUUCCCAAUUUCUCAAUUUGUCCAGUCGUUGGUAGUCGUACUUCUCCUCCUACUACUUGUUCUAGCAGUCCUAGUCGCGAUUGCAAUACAAAGACGACGAAAGUCAAGAAUGAGAGCAAGGCGGCGGCGGCGGUAAAGAGGCGGACGCGCUCAGGCAAGGAGUUCGACGAGGAGGCCCUUUUGCGCUACGGUAACUGCGCCUCUCAUAUCCCGGUAAUGCUUGGCGAAGUCUUGGAGGUCUUCGCUUCCAUCCCCCUCCGCUCCUUCGUCGACUGUACCGUCGGCGCCGCUGGACACUCCUCCGCGAUAAUUCAGGCCCAUCCAGAAAUGCAGCUAUAUGUUGGGUUAGAUGUUGAUCCCAUCGCACUGGAUAAAGCUCAAGCUGAAAUUAGUAAGAUAGUGCAUGAUGAUGCUGUUGGUUCUGCAUCAGUCUUGAAAGUACACAUGAUAUCAAGAAACUAUAAAGACAUCAAUUAUGUGCUCCAUGAAAUUGAUGAGAAAGUUGUAUCCCCAGGAGUUGAUGGGAUCUUAAUGGACCUUGGAAUAUCCUCCAUGCAGAUAAAUGAUGCCGAGAGAGGGUUCAGUGUGCUUUGCGAUGGACCUCUUGACAUGCGGAUGAAUCCACAGGGAAGUCUUACGGCGGAGGACAUAUUAAAUUCUUGGCCGGAUUUUGAAGUGGGUCGAAUUCUCAGGGAGUAUGGGGAGGAAAGUAAUUGGUAUUCCCUACAGAACAUGAUCGUCAAGGCCCGCCUAAAGGGUGGAUUGCAUUCUACUGCUGAAGUUGUAAAGCUUAUUCAGAAUUUCACUUCCAGGAUGAAAGGUGGGAGGCAGGGCUGGAUAAAGACGGCAACACGCGUAUUUCAGGCUCUGAGGAUAGCUGUCAACGAUGAACUCAACACGCUAAGAGAUUCUCUGCAUGUUUGCUUCCAUUGUCUUGCGCCCGGGGGUAGGCUCGCUGUAAUAUCUUUUCACAGUUUGGAGGACAGGAUUGUGAAACAAGCAUUUCUAGACAUUAUCAACAACGGCAAAGGUGAAGGUGAAAACGAAACCAGGCGUAACUCAAGAGAAACUAGUGACGGAAUUGAUGAUAAAGAAGCAUGGAUUAAAAGGGAGAUACAAGGGAUGAGUGGAAGAAUCCUCACAAAGAGACCGAUAACGCCAUCCCAAGAGGAAGAGAAAUUGAACCGCAGGUGUAGGAGUGCUAAAUUAAGGGUGAUCCACAAGCUUUGAAGAAUGGCUAAAAUUUAACUACCACCAAAGUUGGCCGAGCUAAAAUACCAUCUGUAAAUCCCUCCACCUCCAUACGUCCAUCUGUCAAUGCCAAUGCAUGCACCCAUAAAGGCGCGUGCUCAGCCCCCAGGGCUCCCUUUUUUUUUUUGUGAGGUGAGUGUUAUAUUUGUACGGGAUUUUUUCUCCUUUUUUCCUCAAAAGAAGUUAUUUUCAUAAAUGCAAUUUACGACAUUUAUUUA